UGAUCAGUAGGCUGGCCCAGCUAGCUUGUUGGCAAAAAAAGGUUGUAGUUAAGAGAAAGGUUGUAGUUAAGGGAAUGACUUGUGGAGAGUGUGAUUUUUAGUUAACUAUAUUGUGUAUGUCUCCGUAUUGUUUUUGGGCGUUAAAGUUUCGUUUGAGUUUUGCAUAUAUGCAAGUAACGCUUUUGAGAAGUUGAUUAAAGUAAAUGGUGGGGCGGAGGAGUGGGUGUGUCUUUAUGCGGUUGGAGUACGAUUAAAUUGGUAAUAUACUGCAGUUGUGUAGUUUCGUUAUUUGUAUUUUAACCUUGACGAGUUUGUGUUAUACCCUUUCACAUAUCUACCAGUAUCCGCCGAUAUCAUUUGCGCAAAAUACGGAUGGGGUUGCGUGGUGCGUCUCUGCACGCGUGUUUAUUGGACCGUGCUGUGAAAUUAGUAUCCAGGAAACGACGUUUUAUCACGCAUCUGUAACAAGUUCAACCCAAAUACACAAAUGACUAUUCAUUUUCUUUAAAAUUAGCUGUUAAUUGUUGAUGGGUGUUAUUAAGAUAUGGGAUAUUUUGGGUAGCAGGUUUCCCGGAGAUGUGACUUGGGGAUCAGCAAGCUUCUUUGGGUUCUUGUUUGUUUUGUGUCUCGGCAGUAUCGUUGUCCAUUCGGCUGAAUUUAAAUGCAUGGGACCUUUCGUCCAGAAACUGGCAUAAAUUUUGUCCGUUCAUAUCAGCCCCCUUAUGUGUCGCUUACGUCUACAUUUCCUCUUCUUCCUCUUCGUUUUGUCCGUAGGUGUUUCCUGAAUACGUACUUCGUCGUGUAGUGCCAUGUUUUAUGUUAGCUGUCAUGUUUUAAAUUACUCCGUUGCACGCACUUUAACCUCCGUCUCAAUAUUAGUUUCUCAUGAAACUCUGCGUUUCUGUUGGUCGAUCAGUGGUCGGAUUUUACGCAGACGUAAAUAUUACUCUACACAGAGUUGCUUGCUUGAUACAGGGAGAACCUUUUAAAUUAUGAGGUGUUCCUUAACACUAGUCCAGUGUAAUUUUAAAUAUAUACAUAAUAUACGUAUAUAUGUAUAUGUAAUUAAUAUAGAAUAAGAAAAGAUUGUUUUGAGAAAUCACUUGAUGUCGACUUUAGCUGAGAGUAAUGCAGAGUAUUGUCUGAGGGUCAGGAAACUUUGCAUAAGGCAGCAAGAGAUAAAACAGAAGUUGAGGAAUGUAAAUAUAAAAAGCUUUCUUAAUCUGAAACCACAAUCUGGAGGGCUGAUUUUUUUUGUUGUUGGUGUCUUGCUCUGUAUUUGAAUUUCUCUGCUGUUUCGUGUUUUUUUUUCUUCAUUUAGGUGUUUCCUGCAGCUAUUCACACAUUUUGUCAUAUAUCGCCUCUUCGCUUUCUUCCUGCAUUCACACAUGUACACGCAGACGCGCACAGCUGUGUGCACUCCUUCAUUUGCACAGACUUUCAGCAACCCUGACCUUAUUCACUCCUGCGUUCACGGCCCUCUGGGCCAUUAUUCACCAGCUCCUCCAAAAAUAUCAUGUGUUACAUGAGAUGCAUUCCAAGCCCGAUCUCCUUAAUUUUAAGAAGGGGUGGAUGUCAGUGCUUGACGAAAAUGGAGAGUGGAAGAAACAUUGGUUUGUGCUGACUGACUCCAGCCUGAAAUACUAUAGGGAUUCAGGAGCAGAAGAGAAGGAUGAGCUGGAUGGGGAGAUCGACCUGAGGUCCUGUGUGAAUGUGACCGAGUUUGACGUCGAAAAGAACUAUGGCUUCCAGAUACAGACCCUGAAUGCAGUCUUCAUCCUCUCUGCCAUGACUGCUGGAAUUCGCAAGAACUGGAUCGAGGUUUUGAGGAAAAGCGUCCGGACUGGCAAUACCCCCGACAUCACACAACUGCCGGAUAGUAGUAGUGACAAGGAGAACUCCCAUAGUCUUGGUCGCACCCCCUCCUCCCGUCAACAGCCCUCCUGGCAGUCGACCGGGGCAGCCACCCCUCCCGCCCUGGCUGCUGUGCGGCGGUUCGACUAUGUGGAGCUAGCGCCGGUGACUGUGGCCCUUGGGGUUAUGCCCACCUCUCUCCGGGGGGCGGGGGAGGGGCAGGCUCGGGAGAAAGGACCAGGCACAACGAUGGAACAGCGGCAGCGAAUGGAGGAGGAGAUUGAGAAGAAGUGGGUGGAGUUUGAGAAGCUUCCAGUGAAGAGGAUGUGCUCCCUGCCCCCAAUGAGCUCGCUGGGCGGACAGCCGGCCAAUGAGGCGCUGCAGAGGGAGGUAGUGGCGUCUCUGAGGCAGCAGCUGGAGCGAAAACAGAGUGGAGGAGGAGGAGGAGGAGGAGGAGUAGGGGGGAUGGGUCACUGUGGGCCCGAGGCCCCAUGUGGCCGCAGCUUGGAGGCCAUGGAGAGGGCGCACCAGCAUGCCCUGGCCGAGCUGCAGAGGAGACACGACAGGGAGACACGGGAGCUGGAGAAGGAGAGGGACAGAUUGCUGAAGGAGGAAGCACAGGCCACAGCGCAGGCAAUGGAAGCUCUGAAGAAGGCCCACCGCGAGGAGACGGAGCGAGAACUGGAGGCAGUCCGGCGGCUGGUGGGGGCCAGUGCAGAUGUGGAGGCUCUGCAGAGGCAGCAGGAGUCAGAGCGGCAGGCCCAGCAGAGGGAGCUGGAUGGCCUGUCUGAGAGGUACUCUCAGAAGUGCCUGGAGCUUAACCGGGCCAUGCAGAGUGGCGGGGAGCGGGAGAGAGAGCUCAGCCGCAGGGAAGCAGAGAUGGAGCAGCUGAAGAAAGACAACCAGGUGCUCCAGGCCCGUCUGCUGGAGGAGAUUAGCCGGAUGCACUCCUUGGCCAAAAGCCCGGGGUCAGAUGGCAUCCCUCAUGAUGGCCGUCAGCCCGACUCCUGUCACCUGGAGGUGCUGCUGCGGAUGAAGGAGAAUGAGGUGCAAUAUCUGCUUAAGGAGAUCGGCUGCCUGAGAGAGGAGCUGCAAGCCCUCAACAUGGAAAAGCGGGAGGCAUGCAAGCGCUACAAGGAGGUGCAUGCGGAGCUGAGCGGGAUGAAGAGCCGUAGCGAGCGGGAGGUGGUAGCCCUGAAGGAGCACCUGAAGCUGGCCAUGGCAGCUCUUCAAGAGGGCCAGCGGCUGGGGAACAGCCUGGACCACUAAGAUUGAAUCGGGGGGGGUCCGGAGGGCUGAGUGCACAAGUGGAGAGGAGUCGCCCCCUCACCUAGGAUCUUGGGUGGACCCAAAUCAUUAUGUCGUGCUUUGUUGAACUCCCCCUCCCCCCCACAAAAUGAGCUCUCCUCCUUCCUAGAUGAGCUCCUCCCACACUGGUCUGACUGCUCUAUAUUCUUUUUUGGAUGAAUGGAGCCCGGGUGAUGAAAUUUCCGGAAUCUGACUGACCUUCACUGAAAGGUCUUUAAAACUGGUUGUUAAAAUUAAGAAAAAAAAGGUUUUACAAGGGUAUUCCAGGUCUCGAGGAUGCAACCCAUUGUAGAGGGCCUUGGUGCAGCCUUGUGUUCACAAGAUGCUGUUAUGGGGGACUGAGCUCUUAGUCCCGACCUGUCAGGAAAGUGCGAUGAUAUGCUUUAGCUAGUCGAUUUUCUACACUGGGUCAACCAAAUGUCAGCCUGCACUUUUUAGCUGUGAGCAAGUGUGGGAGUGCAAGCAAAGAAUGAAAUGUAGAUUUUAGGCAGUGGGUGUUUUAGGAAUUCUUAAGUGAAAUUUCUUCUGAGCAGUGAGUGUAAAGUAAAGCAUGAGUAAUUUCCUAUUUUGGUCACUUUGCAUUGCAGCCUUGGAUAAUCAGAUGGACCCAGUGUGUGCGGAGUCAUAUCAAAUAUAAGAAAUAGUGUUUUGGAUGGUUGAGUGAGUAUUGUAGGAUUCUAAAUGAGCUCUGUAUAUAGAUAUAUUUUUAAGAUUAUUUCCUUUUUUGGGAGAGGGAUGCUGUGUUUGCUUAGUUUUUUAAACUUUACUGUUGAAAUGUGUGAUCAACCAUGGCUGUAAUUGCAACACAUUGGGACAAAUUAAACUGGAAUGGUUACAGGGAGCCUGGUACACAUGCCAACCCGUUUCAGUCAGUAGGGGGCACUGCAGCCAAUUGUGUCUUUUGUCAAUAAAGGUUUAUUUUCACUGUG